AUGCUGCUCAGAUUUAGAGGUCCAGAUGGGACAGUACGCAUCUCAAUUGAGAGAGAAGAUUCGAUAGGAGAUCUCGAGCACAAGCUCUCCAAAGUUCUUCCCGACAGUGUCGAUUUCAAAACUCUGAGAAUCUCAAACAAGCCGACCGGUGGCGACACUAAGCUCCUGAGCGACUUAUCUAAAUUCAGAAUCUCACAAAUUGGUCUAGGGCAUGGUGACCUGAUCUUCUUAACUUAUCAAAAAACUAGUCUCCUUCAACCUGCUGACUCGAAGCUCACAUCAACCUCAAAUAGACUUAAUGGAAGAACGACGGAGUACAAGGACGAUUCUUCCAAGGCUUCCCUUUCGUCUACUUCACACACAGAAAGAGUGAUCAAUUCAUGGGAAGUUGUACAGCAGUCUGCCCUGGAUGAUAGGUUAGACAAGAAGGAUGGCAAGAUACCCCGAAAGCGAGACCAUAAAAUGUGUAGGCAUGGAGAUAAAGGUAUGUGUGACUAUUGCAUGCCUUUGGAACCUUUUGAUUCAAACUAUCUGGUCGAAAAAAAUAUUAAAAAUUUGUCUUUUCAUUCAUAUUUACGAAAAAUAAACUCAUCGACGAACAAGCCGGAGCUUGGGAGCUCAUUUAUGCCACCACUUUCAGAACCAAACUAUCGAGUCAGCAAAAACUGUCCAUCGGGACAUCCUCAAUGGCCAGAAGGUAUCUGUACUAAAUGUCAGCCAAGUGCGAUCACACUACAACCGCAGUCCUUUCGUAUGGUGGACCAUGUUGAAUUUGCAAACUCUAGUCUGAUUGAAAACCUACUUAAUUACUGGCGAACGAGUGGGGUUCAACGCCUCGGAUAUCUUUACGGUCGAUAUGUCGAAUAUACAGAAGUUCCUCUCGGUGUAAAAGCUGUAGUGGAAGCAAUUUAUGAGCCUCCACAAGUAGAUGAAAUCGACGGCAUAACGCUGAAUGAAUGGGAAAAUGAAUAUGGAGUCAACGAGGUGGCGAAAUUAUGUGGCCUCGAAAUAAUAGGAGUUAUCUGGACAGAUUUGCUUGAUUCUGGUAAAGGGGACGGCACAGUUAUCUGCAAAAGACACUUUGACUCGUACUAUUUAUCAUCUCUCGAAAUAGCAUUUGCGGCGAGGCUUCAGGCAAAACAUCCCAAACCAACAAAAUGGAGCGACAGUGCAAGAUUUGGCUCUAACUUUGUUUCUUGUGUGGUAUCAGGGGAUGAAUCCGGUCAAAUUGCCGUAUCGGCCUAUCAAGUCUCGAAUUCAGCGGUAGAAAUGGUGAGCGCGGAUAUUGUAGAGCCCUCUGCCAACCCUGGAAUUAUGCUGGUUAGAAGUGAAAGCGAUAAUGAUCCACUCAGCAAGGCACGAUAUAUCCCCGAAGUAUUUUACCGACGAAUUAAUGAAUAUGGUCGGAGUGUUCAAGAAAAUGCGAAGCCCUCGUUUCCUGUUGAGUAUCUUCUAGUUACCCUAACUCACGGAUUUCCCAGCAUUCCUAACCCGCUCUUCACUGCGCAUGGCCCUUGCUUUUCUAUCGAGAACCGUACAUUGCUUGGUGUGGAACAAAGUCUACAAUCACUUUCUCAAAAACUAGGCGUGAAGAGUAAUACUUCAAUAGAUGAUGACACCAAAAAUAUUUCGGCUGUAUCAGAUUUCCAUUUGCUCUGCUAUUUACAUGGAUUUGGCUGGCUGAAUAAGGAAGAGGAGGCAUUGCUAUGCCGUGUGGCAACAGCACACAAUCCAGAGGAUGAAGUUCGAUUAAAAGGAACUAUGGGCUGGAAAACUAUGAUAGCAAUAUUACAAUCGACUGGUGAGCGACCCCCCAAAAGGCCAUCACUGUCAGAUAGUGGUGGCCCGAACUCCGAACGCCUUGCUAAGCGGAUUGGCGGGGUAAGGCUAGAAUAG